AUGAAAUUUGGUAAACAGCUACGCUUUAUUGCCGUUAAGACAUGGGACAAACACUACAUCCAAUAUAAGCAGUUCAAGAAGAUGCUUCUUCAAAUGGCUGCUGAAAUCAAGGAAGCCCGUGAAAAUGGAAAAUCCGAAGAAGAAAUUGUUCAAAUGAAAAAGGAGCAUACCACCACUUUUAAGGAAGCUUUGACCCAAAACGUUAACGAAUCAAUUAAAUUUUAUUGUGAAUACGUUACACAGACUUCAGAGAAAGUCGAAUCAAUUUCCCAGAAUGUUUAUUCCGAACUUGAGAAGCAGACACCACAAGAUGAAGAGACAGCCAUUGCCAUCCAUAAGAAAAUUUUUAUUACAACUCUGAACCUUUACGAGAUCCGUUCUUUCCUCGAAGUUAACCACUCUGCUACUUCCCACAUCAUCAAGAAGUUCGUUAAGAAACUUGUAUACCCAGAAGCCCAUCAAGAUCUUGACGUUCUUCAGACAGAUUGCUUCGAAAAUAUGCCAACCAUCCAGGGUGACCUCAGCCGCCUCGAAGAACUCUUCAUCCUUCUUAAGAGAAAGAUUUAUCCAAAGGGCGACAGCCGUCCUCGCCAGGAAAUCAUUAUGGAACUCCAUAAAUCGGUUCGUCAGAACCUUGAUUGGAAACAAGCUACAGUACUUGGCCAAUGGGAUGCCUAUACAUUCCGUUCUAACGAAUUCCAUCUUACUGCAACUCCAAUCAAAAUUAUCCCAAUUAUCAUUGCUUUCGUAUGCAUGAUUCCAUUCCUCGUCUACAAUUUCUUCGGCGACGGAAAAUACGAAGCCCAGCGUUGUUUAGGACUUCUUGUUUUCUGUGCAAUCUUAUGGUGCACAACAGCCAUUCCUCUUUGGUUAACUUCACUUUCUAUUCCAUUCUUCGGUGUCAUAUUACGUCUCAAAGCUAAUGUCGUUAUGACAAAGCUCGCAGCUGAUAUCCAAAAAGCAACAAUGUCUUCAACAGUUUAUCUCAUUAUUGGUGGCUUCACAAUCGCUGCAGCCUUCCAAGUUACUGAAAUGGACAAGCGUAUCGCUUCCAUGGUCCUUAAGAAGGCUACAGGUUCUACCGGUUUAUAUCUCUACGCAGUUAUCGCUCUUAACGCAUUCCUUGCCAUGUGGAUCAACAAUGUCGCUUCUACUAUGAUCGUCUGCACUCUCGUUCUACAGACAUUGAACCAAUUACCACAAGGAUCGACUUAUGCCAAGUUACUUUUAGUUGGGAUCGCUGCAGGUGGCAACUGUGGAGGUCUCAUGACACAACUCGCUUCUCCACAGAACGCUAUUGCUGUCGAUUCCGUCAACAACGUUUUAUCUGUAAAUUCUGACCAGAGACUUGGCUUCAUUGAGUUCAUGGUUACAGCUAUUCCAACAGGCCUCAUUGCCUCAAUUGUUUACUGGUUCAUUAUUCGUUUCGUUUACAAGACAGACGUAAGUGAAGUUCCGAAAUUCGUUGCACCGAAGACAGAUUUCGGAUGGCGCCAGAUCGUUGUAUCUGUUAUCUCUCUUAUAUCUAUUAUCCUCUGGAUUAUUUUACCAUUCGAAGUCCACAAAGUUUUUGGUGAUAACGGUAUCAUCGGCUUCAUUCCACUUAUUAUCUUCUACGGAACAGGAAUUCUCAAUCCAUCCUACAUCGCCAAGCUACCAUGGAACAUUUUGUUCCUCGUUAUGGGUGGCAAUGCUCUUGGAUACGUUGUCAAAGAGUCUGGAUUGCUCCAGAUCGUUUCAGACUUACUCCAGAAGUUACUCGGAAAGACAUCUACAUGGGUUACAUUCUUCAUCAUCUCUUUCUUCGAAUUAUUAAUCAAUGUCUUCAUUUCGCACACUGUUUCAGCGACAAUUGUUCUUCCAAUCAUCUGCCAGUUCGCUAAAACUACUCCGCACCUUAGAUUGUACGCACUCGGCGCUGUCGCUGCAACAACUGCUUCCCAAAUCAUGCCUGUUUCAUCAUUCCCCAACUUGUGCUGCACAUCAUUACAGGAUAAGAACGGAAAUGAGUUCUUGACAACAAAGGACAUGAUGAAGUCUGGAGCAAUCGCUACCGUAGUCUCCUUCAUUUUCUGCAUCACUAUUCUCUUCGGAUUCGGUAUGCUCCUCAAACUCUAA